CGUCUCUCAACCAGUUUCUUACUUGCUAUCCAGAAUCAGGUCACCACCUACGGGGUACCACUUUGACAAAGAACAUAGGCUUCUAGAACCUCCACUUACCCAAUCAUGAAUCUACUCACCGCCCUAUCUAUAGUUAUACAUGCCACAACAUCUGUCCAUCACGUUGGUUCCCGGCAUACUCAUUCCUGGAUUCCCGUAAGCCACCACAGAAUAAGGUUCCUAUAUGGCACCCACAGCACACGAUGCCCCCGAAUUUACCCUUCUUUUUUCUCAUUUAUUUGGCAAAAAGGAAAAAAGGGGAAAGGGGAAAUGGAAAAAGAAAUUGAAGAGGAAAGCGUUAUAUGAAACUUCACACUGCACAGUCACAGAGCUUUUACCGCAUCAAAGCAAAAGGAAAUCACUCCGUCCCGGAUACGAAGCAGGAUAGAGA